CGUAAAAUUCCAUUUUCAUCUGAACCCUGGAAAGGCAUAAAUUGAGAUCACUGAAACCGCUUUCACCGCACAAAAUCUCCCGCGGCCGCGGAGGUUCAAUCGCAGAAUACUGCCAUCAUCGAUAUCGAUCAGAUCCUUCAUUCGAUAUUGAUCCAUAAUCAAAUAAACCAAAACAUUAUGUAUAAUCGAAUUCCCAUAUACCGAAGUUUGCGUUUGCCGCAGCGGUUCAGGACCACGGGCUCCUCGAUUCUAAGCUAUUUGGCAGCUCCUCAGCUGAGAAGAAAAGCUCAGAAUUCAUGGUCUGCUGUUCAGGAUACCUUCUAUUCUACCAAGGACAUAUUUGAGAGGCAUAGAGUGGUGUUCACGUUAUCGACUUCGAUCGCAUCCGUUGCAACGGCAUGGGGUGGUUAUUUAUUACGGCACUAUCAUCAAUCAAGAGUUGACCAACGGCUUGAAUCAAUAGAAAAAGCUAUGAAUAAGAAGUAUGAUAUUGAAGAUCCUGAGUUUAAGAAGCUUGUUUCAGGUGGCAUAAGCAUGCCAGCUUGUGUUGCAACUGCUGGAACUACUUUGUUUAUUGGCUAUGGCUUAGGUUGGCGAGGUGGAAAGUGGUAUGCAAACAAAAAGUUCAAAAGGGAACAGAUGAAACUGUUGGGACAAGUAAAACCAAGAAGGUGGCCUCUUAGAUUACCGCUAUCCAGGCUAAAGCUGCAAGGAAGUGCUGCUAAGGCUCCAGAGGCAUCAGCCUAGGCGGUAUGCAGCAUCCAAAGAUGGCGGUGGCUGUACCAAGGUGCCAUGCCACUUACUGGCCUAGUAAAGUACUCAAGUAAAUUCCCAAUACUUAUAAGAUUUCUAACUUGACUAUACGCAACAAUUGCAAAACAUUCUUAGCUAUUCUAACAACUGGAAAUAUUAGGUUUUGAAGUACAAAAUAUUUUUUCAUAUGGACCUAGAUGCCAGUUACUGGUUCCAUUUUGUUCGGGGAGAGGAAUGUAACUUGUAAUUUGAUUCUUUUGGUCUAUUCCUGCAUAGUUGCAUACUUAUUGUGAGGCCAUUCUGCAUAUUUUACCGGUGUUGAGGGAAAUGACCAUUCGGUCUUCCCCAGCUUGGCAACCAAUCUAGGAGCUCGACUAAACUAAUGUCUAGAAAGGGUGAAUAGCCAAAACUAGGAGCUCAGCAACAUUUGUCUAAAUAUAUCUAAUGGUCAUGGUGACGAUAGAGUUAAUUGUGCUUAGAGGAUUUUGCUUUGGUGCUAUAUCAAAGAGGAUUGUGGAAAGCAUGAGGGGAAAGAGGACACAUAUAGUUACCUUAUUAUAAAUAUUAUUUUUUGUAACCUGACAAAGGGAAAACAAUUUAAAUACAUUUUCAUUCUUAGCUUUGAGAGUUCCAAACUACUCAAGGCAUUUUCUUCUUCAA